AUGUUCGAACCAUCACAUGACACUACCCACCACCCUCCACAUACUCCUUCCACUUCCACCGAUUCCAUGACAUUGGCUUCAUCAUCGUCGUCCACUCUUUCGACUCCUUCAUCAUCAUCGACUCGUCGUUUCUCUUCAGAUCGUUCGAGUUCUUCAACGUUUAUCCAUUUCCACUCUUCCAAUUCUCCAAAAAUUCAUCAUCCACUCAUUCCUCCCAUGUUUCGAGAGAUUACUUCAAUUCCGACCAUUGCGAUGCAACUUGUAUUUGGAGUGUUAUGUGGAGUGGUUUUGUGCUACAUGUUGCCACACGUUUUUGAACGAGUUUGGAUAUCGGGAUAUUCUACACUAUUUGCUGCAGCGACAGGUGACACUUUUUCAAAAAACAAUUCGUGUCGAAAUGAAAUCCAUUGUAAUUUAGAAUUUAUUUCACAAUUAUUGAUCAUGUCCAUGAUGUUGUUUUUGGUGUAUGAAAAUUUUUUGAAUUGUGUCACUCCGACCUUGAUUCGAUUCACACUCGCCGGUCAUUCCUUUCGAAACUCAAAAACAAAUUCUGUGAAUACGAAUCAAUUUUUAACCGCACACUAUCCCAGAUAUUUGGUCAAAUUAUUUUUAUUUCCAUUUUCGAUAUUUUUAUGUAGUGUCGUAUGGACCAUCCACAUUUUCCAAAAUGAGGAAACAACAUUCAUGCAAAAUCAUUCAAACACGGAGAACAUCAUUACCACUGACACACUUUCAAACAAUGGAUCUCUCUAUCGAAUGGCUUGUUUUAUCAUUUCUCUGACCAUUGCUUUUAAAGGAGUGAAUGAAUUUGUACAAACAUUUUUCAACUUGCAAUACGAAUUGGAUUUAAUUUCACAAUAUAUUUAUGUGAGAGUUCAGAAAAAAGCAAUUUCAAGCGAACAAGCAUUUGAAAUUUCAGAGAAUGACCAUGGAGAAGAACCAGUUACGAAUUGGAGUUUUUUACUGUCAUUAAUCAUUCCUUUCAUGACAAGUGUCUAUUUAUUGUUCCAUUCCGAGAGCUUUCUUUCUCAUUCAACAUGUUGGAUGUCUCAACAAUGGAUUGGAACUAUUUCUCUACUGUUGGGGUGUGUAACCUUAAUUCUAGAGAAUUUCUCAUGGCCCUUCUCAUUCUUGGAGCAUAAUCUAAAAAUUGUGUUCAAUAAUUUGGGAAAUGUUGCAUUUGUAUGGGGUUUGGAAAUUAUGCUCCAACUGUUCUAG